AUGGAAUACCUCUCGACGCUGCAGUCGCCCGUGGACGACCUGAAGCCGUCGCUGUUCGAACUGCUCUCGGAGCAACAGCUAUCGGCGCUCCUCCCGCCCACGAUCCGAUACCUCCUCGCCCUCCUCACGCACCGAUACCCGCGCUACCUGCUGCGCGUGCUGAACAACUACGACGAGGUGUAUGCGCUGCUGUCACUCGCGGUCGAAAAGUACUACCUCGAGCAGUUUGGCGGCAGCUUCACCGAGAACUUUUACGGCCUCAAGCGCGAGAAGGUCCUCAGCCUGCGCGGCGGCGAGGUCAAGAGGACCCAGAUCGCCGUCCCCGCCGAGGUCCGCGAGCGCCUAAAGCUCCAGGGCCGCGAUGUCUGGAAGAACCUCGCCGUCUUGGUCGGCGUGCCUUAUAUCAAGCGCAAGUUGGACGAGAGCUAUGAUAUCCACAUCGCCCCGUCCGCGGGGUUGCUGAUCAGUGGCGGAGGAGGAGGGCUGGGAGGAGUUGAAGGGAGGAGGUAUCUGGACCGGGACGAACUACCGCCAAAUCCUACGAUAAAACAAAGGAUCAUGUGGUAUUACAAGUGGUUUUUGCGGCAUGUCUAUCCGAGUCUGAAUGCCGCCUACUAUUUCAGCAUCUUGGCCUUCAGCUUGGGGUACCUGUUUGAUGGCACAAAAUACUCCAGCCCAUUCCUUUGGAUGGUGGCCACACGGAUGAGGAGGAUGGGCGCGGCAGAUCAGCAGGCUAUUGAUGCCGCCAGAGAGGCUGCUGACAAGGCCAUUGCCGCGAGCGCGGCCGGGAGACCGGGACAAGGGCUGAGUGGCCUCUUGAGUCCGCGCACGCUGUAUCCCCGGCUACUGUCAAGCUUGAGGAUCCUCCUGCCGACGAGUAUCUUCGCAUUGAAAUUCCUAGAAUGGUGGCACGCCAGUGAUUUCUCGCGGCAGUUGACCCGCAAAGCCGCCGAAGGGUUGGAAUUGCCGCCUCCCGUUGUCUCCGGGAUGGAACUCGCUCGGAAGACCGCGCCGGAGCCACAAGGUCCCCUGCGCAGAUUGACAACGAAGAACACCCCAGCCAAACGGACCCCGCCGGUCUCGAGCAUCACUUUCCUUCCAAUUUUUACAGUCCCGCCCCCACCGUCCAGCGACCUGUGUCCUAUCUGUCUACAUCCGAUUUCCACGGCGGCGGCAUGCCAGACCGGCUACGUCUUCGACUACAAGUGCAUAUUCCAGUGGAUCGAGGGGACGCAUGAGCGACAGGAGGCAUUUAUGAAGGGCGAGAAAAUGAGCGAGUGGGAAGACGACGAUGACGAGGAGGAAGAGGGAGACGAUGCAAACGGACGGCCAGGCGAUGAGUCGAAAAAGGCGGAGCGCAAGAGCCGUGAGGGAAGCUGGGAGAGCGGCCAGGGAAGAUGUGCCGUCACCGGCAGACGAGUCCUCGGCGGCACAAGCGGGUUGCGCAGAGUCAUGGAAUCCUCAAGGGAACCUCCAAUGGGGGAUGUAUCGUCUGGUCCACGCGAAGAGGCAAUUUGCGUCAGUCUGAUCGAUGUUCCGUCGGAACAUGGCAUCAACUCCGAGCCUCUAAACACGAGACGGACCCAAGCGCCUCGCCAUGAAGCGAACUCGAUCGAAACAACCUCUACUUCGAACGACCUCUGUCUCAAUCACGGCACCGCUGGCUUCGUAGGCACGACAACCUCUUCGGUAACACAAUUGGACUUUUCCGAGGCGACAAAGACGUAUAAUGGGAAGAUUCACUCGCGCCACGGCUUGUUCAUGGAGAGGAAGAUGGUCUUCAAGCAGCCCGCACUCAGUGCCUGUGCACUUGUCAUGUCGAUCCGGUCAUACCUUAUCUGCUCCACCGUUUUGGAUGGCAUGUUUGGCCAACGCCCAGGCUGGCGAGCUAUACAUGACAUCUUUCUCACAAAUGGUCACUCCGACGUCUCUCGUCUUUCAUGGAGGCUGACGCAUGAGACCCUGGAUGGAAUAGGACGCAUCCGAUACGUGAAGGGCAGUGUAGUCGAUGAUAGGAUAGUCGGGGGUUCUGUUCUGACAGCUAUUGAUGUUUAUGCUGCCGAGACCGAACACCCUUCCGAGGAGACGGUGGUGGGGGCCUGUGGAGGAACAUACGCCGCUGGCUGA